AUGAAUGACCUGUUAACGGAUUCUUUCGUGAUCCCAAGGGAUCGAUCUCGCGGGAACCGAGAUAUUGAAUCGGGACUGCACAGACAGACGAAUUCGGGAGAAAUGGGCUUGGAAACUUUCUUUAAUCAGGUUCAAGUGAUUGAGAAACAAUAUGAGAAACUCAAUGCACACCUGAGAAAGCUUCAAAAUUCUCACGAAGAAUCGAAGGCCAUCACCAAGGCUGCAGCUAUGAAAGAAAUCAAACGAAAAAUGGAGAAGGAUGUUGAUGAGGUCGGCAUAAUCGCCCGUUCUAUCAAGGCAAAGAUUGAGGAACUCGACAGACAGAACCUAGAGAGUCGUAAAAAGGCCGGAUGUGGACAAGGGUCCGGGAUAGACAGAUCAAGAACAGCUACAACAGUGGCGUUGAAGAAAAAGUUCAAAGAUAGGAUGUCCGAGUUUCAGACUUUACGAGAGGAUAUACAUCAAGAGUAUCGUGAAGUCGUCGAGAGGCGUGUGUUCACAGUGACCGGCACUAGGGUCGAUGAAGAGACCAUCGAUAAAUUAAUAGAGACUGGGGACAGUGAGCAGAUCUUUCGGAAAGCGAUCCAAGAACAAGGCCGUGGACAGGUGUUGGAUACUCUAGCAGAAAUCCAAGAACGACACGAUGCGGUUAGAGAUUUGGAGAAAAAGCUUCUCGAUUUGCAGCAGAUAUUCCUGGAUAUAGCGGUGCUGGUGGACGCUCAAGGGGACAUGCUCGAUAACAUAGAGUCACAGGUUUCGAAAGCUGUAGAUCAUGUGCAGAGAGGCACCAACACUCUUCAGAAGGCUAAGAGCCUGCAAAAGAACUCGAGAAAAUGGAUGUGCCUUGCAAUCUUCAUUUUUCUAAUUAUUGUUGCUGUCAUGGUUGUUAAUGUCCUCAAGCCAUGGCAGAACAAAAAUGGUGCUUAG